AUGAAGUUCUCAAAGCUAUUUCUUUUGGUAGUCUUGGCCAUCAUCUCUCAUUAUGCAGCCCAUGCAGCUGCUUCCCUAGAGGAAGAGGGAGUUCCUCCGGUGGAGACAGAAGACGAUUCUCCGUCGAGUUCGCUCCGCCGCUUUCUCAUUGACUUCCAACCUCUGGGGAAUAAGAUGACGUGCAACAAAUACCCGAGAGUGUGCCGUAGUGAGGGCAGCGCGGGGCCGGAUUGCUGCAAGAAGAAGUGUGUAAACGUGGAGACGGAUCAAUACAACUGCGGGAGGUGCGGGAAGAAAUGCAAGCAGUCGAAGAUAUGCUGCAAAGGGAAGUGUGUGAAUCCGACGUUCAAUGUGAAGCACUGUGGAGGCUGCAACAAUGAGUGUAGUAAAGGAAGCUUAUGCGUAUAUGGGAUGUGUGAUUAUGCUUAA